CACUUGUUUGUUAUCCUACGAUGAUCUCGUCCAAUAAAUGUUCGUGAAGGUUGGGUGUUUAAUUUCUCUAUUGUGUAUGGUCGAAGCAUAAAAGUUUGGGAUUUUUAAUACAUCUCAUGAUGCCCGUGCGUAGUUGCCAGAUACCUGACCUACAUGACCCUCACCCAGGAUAAGCACUUCCCAUUGAGUAAUAGAUUGGCAGCAUAGCCUAACUCCAGGAAACCAGAAUGAUGAAGAAACAAGAUCAAAACUUUGGGCAGAAGAAUAUCAAAGGGCUUAGAAUGCCAUCCUCACAAGUCUUUGCUGUUAAUAACCGUGGACGAGUAUUCAGCCUUUCAACAGAUCAAGCAGUAUGGCGGGAGCUACCGUACCUAGGAGUUGAAUUCAAGAGGGUUUCAGCUCAUGAAACAGUGAUAUGGGCACUAGGGGGAGAUCAUCAAGUAUAUGUUUAUGUUUAUGGAUCAUCUGUGCCUAUUCGAGUUUGUGAAGAAACUUAUGAAAACCAGCGUUGGAAUCCUGUUGAAGGCUUCAGUAGUGUUUUGCUACCUACUGAUAGAGCCCCAUUCUCUUCAGCAGAUGGCUUGACACCGCAUCCUUUAACAAGUAUUAGUCUCCCAACACUAGCAUGGUCAUGGGAGUCUCCAUGGCAUCUUCAUCACACACAUGAAGGCCAAGCUUUGGAUAAAGAGGCUUGGACAUAUGCCAUAGACUUCCCUAGAAGUUAUACUGCUGAUAAAAAAUGGAAUUCUUAUGUGCGACGACGUAAAUGGGUGAGGUACAGACGUUAUGUAGCCCUUGACACUUGGUCAGCAGUUCCUUCUAUCCAUCAGGAUCACACUCAGGUUUUGCAGCCAGGGCUCCAGAGUAGUCGAGCUUCUGUCCAGAAAGAAAUUUCUUCAUUUAAGGAGCCAUUCAUAGAUAUAAGCGUUGGUGGAGGCGAAGUGCCUGGUGAUGAUGCUGAUAAGCUCAUGGUUUGGGGUGUAACAGCACUUGGAAGGGUUAUGGUCAGAGCGGGAGUUGAUGGAACUUGUCCAGAAGGGUGUGAGUGGGUACACAUUCCUACACCGACGGACAAAGAUGUUACGUCAGUGUGGGUUGGGCGCUCAGGCCGUGUGUGGGCUGUUACAUGGGAUGGGAAUGCACUGGUCAGGACAGGGGUGACAAGAGAUACUCCAACUGGAACUGAUUGGGUUGUUCUUGAUCAACCUGAGGGAAGUCGUUUACAUCAGUUGGCAGUUGGAGUGAAGUCAGUUUGGGCCCUAACGAGAGACCAUCGACUGUGGUUUAGGAGAGGCCUUGAGGUGUCACAAGAUAGCUCUUCCGGAAAGAACCAAAACAGUGAACUUGGAUCAUCUUGGUUACUUAUGGUUGGCCUUUUAAAUAUGGUUGCAGUUGGUCCAAAUGAUCAGGUUUGGGGUAUAGGAAAGGAUGACCACUCCAUAUUGGUAAGAACAGGAGUGUCAGAAGCUGAACUCACAGGCCGUACUUGGAAAUCUAUAUGCUUACCUUUAGGAACAUUAGAUUCUCCAGAUCCUAGCCGUAGUCCAACACCAGAUCCAGCUACUGUUAAUGUUAAUACACAGGUUUUCAAUUUUCCUGCCAUCACACCUUCGUCCUCUCGUGAAGCAUCUGAUAGCCCUAACCAGAGUGUAGAUCUAAGUUUGCAAACUGAUCCUGGUGAUUUGUUCAGCAUGCAAACAGUUUUUGAUAAAUUAAAAUUAGAAGGAAGGGAUGAAAGCCAGGAUGAAAAAGAUGCAAGUAGUAUUAGUCAAGAAACAAGAUCUGAUGAUAUAGCUGUAGACAACCAACAGUCAGAGGAUAGGCGUAAUCUCACAGAUGACAGUGCUCCAGAUACUGCACCUGAGAAGGAAGAAGAGGAAUCGGACAAUGUAACGGCUAGUAACCAAUUUUCAGAAAGUGAGGCAUUGCCUAAUGGAAGUAUUGUGUCUGAAUGUGAUAAUAGAGCUACCCAUGAGGAAAACACUCUAGAUACAUCUAAAGAGCAACCUGGUGAUGUAGGUGGGGAUGAAAAAGAUUGUCUCUCCAUAUCAGAUUCCACAGGGGUAGAAGACCAAGGUGAGGAGAAAAUAAGUGACUUGACUACUGUUCAAACUGGAAAUAAAGAGUGGAGCGAAGCUCGUCUCAGACAUAUCAGUGGUAGCAGUGCGGGUAGUGAAGCGAGUGGGAUGAAAGGAAACCUUGUGAUAUUAAGAGAAGAUGCGCCAAAUUAUGACCUUCUAGCAAUGCAAGCAGAACAUUUGUGGAUGUGGGUAACUGGAGGAGGGUGCUGGAUACGAGCUAAUAACAUGCCAAAAUGGUUUCUUAGUGAGGGCAGUCCAGCUGUUGUGUCAGAACCUUGGAGAACAAGUGUCUUACAGAAACUUAAAAAUCGUCAAGAAAUAGAGAUUAAACCUUUUUCUGGGUAUGAAGAAGCCGUGGAAGGGUCCUCUUGGGUUAUAUCUGGCAAGUGCCGCUGGUGGGCUGGCAGUCAGUGGGUGCCAGCCUCUCUGGAACUAACCAUGGUCGGCUCACGCAGGUCACAAGUUCAAGAUGCAACCUUGGUUGUGCAGUAUACUCUAGGUUCAAAUAAGAUGGAGGAAUUCUCUUGUUGCACAAUCAUGAUGAUAAUGCUGUGUAUUGAUCCUGCAGCUGCCCGCUCAGUAGUUGCCAUAUAUCACCCAAAUAAACCUUUACAGCCAAAGACACUCUUGUUUUCUGCAGAAACAGAAGCAGAGGAAUGGUUAAACCAUAUAUCAAGUGCUUGCAACCAGUUUCGAGGUUUACUAGAUCGCCCAUCGCCAUAUUCUGUUUGGGGUGUAACGACUCAGGGCGAUGUGUUUGUUCAUGACUGCUCAGUCACAGAGGAAGAAUUACGUGCGGAGUCGGUAGCAGCACACAAACAGCUCAGUGUUGGGACAGGAGCCACUCCGCUGACCCUCUUAUUAGACAGAGGUUUCAGGCCUGGGUUCUUCAUCACAGUCUCUGGCAAGAUUCAUGAUAAAGCUGAUCAGUUCCAUAUCAACCUACAGUCAUCACGAACAACUGAUGCCAACAUUGCUUUACAUGUGAAUCCUAGGUUUGCUUUUAAGACUGCUAUUUUGAAUAAUAAAAAGAAAGGGAUUUGGGGAACAGAAGAGAAGAGACCACUAAUUAACUUGGCUCCUGGGUCUCACUGUGAAAUAUCAAUCGUCUGUGAUGAUAAAGACUUUAAGAUAUCGGUAAAUGACAAAUUCUGGUGCAGUUUUAAGCAUCGGUUACCUACAACGAAGAUCAGUCAUGUUGUUGUGAGAGGUGCCUUUACUAUAGAUGCAAUUACUUAUAACCAUGGAGCUGGUGAACGGCAGUUAUGUGAAUGGUACUGGAGAGGCUUAGGUGGGCAUUUACUACGUGUAGAAGGUGGAGCGGGUGGUGUCACUUGGGCCAUUUCUCAUGAUUUCCAUGUUUUUACUUACACUGCAGCAACAGGAGGGGGACUUUAUAAAGGCAGCAACAAUGAUGCUCACGUUAAAAUGAUGAGUGAUGUCCGUCAUAUGUAUGUGUGGGAAAACCAGCGUUGGAAUCCUGUCACUGGAUUUACUUAUAGGGGGUUUCCAACUGAUCGUUACACUUGGAGUGAUCACACUGGUCGUUUACAGAGAACUCGUGAGUCUACAAAAUUACCAUCUCGACAUUGGCAAUGGACAAGCGAGUGGUGUGUGGACUACCAUACACCUGGUGGUGUAGAUCGAGAGGGCUGGCAGUAUGCCACAGAUUUUCCAAGGAGUUAUCACGCUCAUAAAUAUGUAACAGAUUUGGUAAGACGGCGACGUUGGGUUAGAAAAUGCAGGAUUUCAACGUCUGGCCCGUGGCAACUAAUGGAGAAGGUGUCUUUGAUCCAUGUCUCUGUAUCACCUGAAUGUGCUGCCGAUAACACUGUACCAGUAUGGGGCGUUUCAGCAUCAGGCGAAAUAGUUUUCCGCUCUGGAGUCACUGCCUCAAAGCCUUGGGGAGAGAAGUGGAAUCUCAUCCCAGCUGAAUGCCCUAUGCGUACUGUUUGUGCAAGUGUUGACUGUCGGGGAGUCUGGGCUGUCAGCAAAGAUGGAAGAGCUCAUCUAAGACUUGGAGUAUCUAAGAAAAAUCCACAGGGUUUGCAGUGGGUUAACGUUGAUGCCCCACACCAACCAUUAAUAGAAGUAUCAACUGGUGCUGGUGCUGUAUGGGGGUUAGAUCAAAAUGGGGCACUCUACCGCAGGAAGAAUGUGCUUCCUUUGUUCCCAGAGGGCACUGAGUGGGCUUUUGCAUGCAAUAAUGUUGCAAAUAUUAGUGUGGCAGCUAGUGGUGCACUGUGGGCUGUCUUAGAUUCAUUUGACUCUGAAAAGGGGACUGUUCAGGGUGUCAUAGCAUCAAGACAAGAGAUUUCAGAUACAUGCUUUGUUGGCACUGGAUGGGAACACACCUUAGGGACUGGCUGGAGUCAUGUUUCUGCCAGGGUUCCUUUACCAUUAUGACAGAGAACUUAGAAUUUUUUACUCUUGUUUUAGUCAUUCGUUAGUUAAUACUGAAUGCCAUUGCCUUGAUGUUUUAUAAAGCUGACAUAAUUCUCAAGUUCACAGCCAUCCAGAAUUUAAACUGAAGUAUCUAGUCCUGGUAGUUGUGAUGUAGAUUUAUUUUUAAAAUUAAAUAAGAUUUGAGUGUUCAUGACAACUCUUUUAGUUUAAGAGUUCUUCAUGUUGUAUUAAAACAACUUCAUUUACUGAAGAAGCCUUAAUAACUUCUUCAGUUCUGAUUGAGGAAUCUUUUAAAAUUUGGUUUUGAAUUUAUUCAAGUAGAAGUUACAAAGUAAGAGUUGUGCUUUUAAUAAAUUAUAUGACCUUUAGAAGGAAAGAAUUUGGAAACCAAUAUGUUGGUAAUAUUACUUAAUGUGGCAAAUUCAAUACAUAUAUAUAUAUAUAAAAAGAAAUAUAUUCCCUGUGUGACUGUUGCUAUGAAAUGAUGUGUCCAUAUGUAUAAAACUUAGAAUUGUUUUAAUUUGGAUAGAAUUGUUUUAAUUUGGAUAUUUAUGAUCAAUCUUUGAAUACUGUACAUAGGUGUGAUGUCGUAUCAUUUAUAUAUUUUGUUAAAAAUUUUAGAUGUAAAUGAAAAACAAGUCUUGUAGGAUGGUAGACUUUUAGAUGUAAUGAAAAACAAGUCUUGUAGUAGGACGGUGGACUUUUAGAUUUAAUAUUUUGAUUUUAGAGAGAUUUCAUAUUUGACUUAUAGAUUUUAUUUAUGCCUAGUUAUGUUUUAUAAAUUUCCUCAGCAUUAUUUUUGUUUACAGUGAGUGAUGGGCCUUUUUAACAGCCAUUUAUGAAUCUUAGUAUGGGCUGUUGUAAAAUUAAUAGUAGAAGAUGUUUUUAGAUGUUCUCAAUAAAUACCCUUUCCUUGAAAUUGAAAACUUUUUAUGGUUAUUCAGGAAUUACAGAUGGUUCUUGGCAUUUUUGAAGAAUAUGAAAUACAGGAACUGUACUAUGAAAAUGAAAGUGUGAGAUCUUUAGUAUAAAAUCAAACUCCAUGCAGUAUGACUUCAGAACAUGAAACUUAGAAAUGAAAGUGAAGUUAUGAAUUAGGAAGUAUUUCUUUUGUCAUCUAUCAAUAUUUUUCAUAUUUGGUAAAAUUUGGGAUCAUUGUUUGAAUAAAUAAUUUUAAUGCUGGAGUUUAGCCAUGUCGUAAAUAAUUAGUUUCUGUGAUGUUUUGCAUUUUGACAUGCCAGAUGUUAUGAUACUAUAGUGCAUAUGGGUCAAGGAACACUGAAAGUUUUUACAACAUUUUUGCUCCCAUCAUUUCUGGAUAGUUAACAGAGGUAUUAAUUAUUUCAUUGGUGGGAAAUAACAUUGACAAGUGUUUUGUUAGAAGCCUUUUAUUUAUUAAUUGAGCAUAUGUUGUAUUGUUUUGAUGUUACCAUAUUGUGGACACAAUUGUGAGAACUGGCACGUUGUGAAUUGAAGAGCAGUUCCUUUAACCUGCUUGUCUGAAUGAUUAGAAUGUGUCUUAUUUAACAGUGAUUCUUUUACUUUGGUAAUGAGAUCUUUUAACUACUUUCUUCAAUGUAAUGCAGCCACAUAAGUAUUUUUAAAAGUUAGUGAGACUAGUAUUUAAAAUAUUUCCAAAAGGUAAUGAAACCAGUUGUGUAAUUUAUAAAAUGUGAUGAGAUGAUUUAAGUAUUUUUCAAAGUGGGAAUUAAACCAUUGAAUAUUUUCCAAAUCAUCAGCCCUUAUAGUAAAUGGCUCGUUUAGAUUUUCUCUCAUAUAAUGCUUUUAAGGAUGUUCAUACAAAGCUGCAAAUUGCAUAGAUGCCUUUAAGUAGCAUUCAAAGGUAAGAAGUUUGUGAACACAAUGGGAGAACAUUUCAGCAAUAUAUACAUCAUUAUGUGUAUAUACUUAAUGUGUGUUCCCUAGAAGCACACAAUGCAAACAUUAUAAAAGAUGAAAAUGGAUCAGUGAGGAUGAAAAUAAAGAAAUACUAGAAUGAUGGUGGUAGUAUUGCAAGAAUCUUCUGAAUUAAGGAAAUCAGCAACCUUUAAACUUGACAAUAGAAGACAAAGCUUUAGGGUGGACUGAACUAGUAUUACACGUUUCAAGGAACGAUAAUGACUGGAUUUAAAUUUUGGCUAAACAUUAGACCCCAAAGCACAGGAACCUGUUUAUGAGCAGAUUCCUCAAGUCAGGUGGUGUACAAGUGUAUCAACUAGUGGUAGAUCAAGAUUUUGUAAAACAAUGUGAAGGUUAUAUUCUGAUGGUAAUAGAAUGCUUUUAACUUAUUAAGGAUGUUAGGUGUAUUGACUAGGGUAUAAAGUUAGUAUCAGAAAUCUUAAUUUAACUUUUAAUGUUUAAACAUCUUUCAUUGUUUCAUGGACAUAUCCAGAGAUUCCAUGUUGACUUGAAGAGAUACCAAAUGAAAGGUUAUUUCAGUGCUGUAACAUUUAACAUUACAUAUUGGAUAACACUGGCAUCAUGACGUUGCUUUACAGCCUGUUUAGUUAUUUGUACUUGUUUGUAAGUGAAAUGAUGUCUUGUUCAAGUCCUGUAGAGGUGGGAUCUUGUGCUGUUACACAGUUAUCUUGUGAGCACAACUGUCUUUUCAUGCAUAACAAUCAUAGUAACCUUUGAUGAAUGUCUUUUUAACUUGAAAGCCAUAUGAACUGCCACUUUAUCAAGAGUCAGCUGUUAAUGAAUUAUCUUCCUUCUACCUUUUACGUGCUAUCCAUCUUUUAUAGAACUAUGGUUGUUCUUGUGAAUUGUAUCUGAUAUUUUAAGAUUUUGUAGUAUAUGACAGUGAAUCUAUUGCACUUUCAUGUGUUACACUGUUUUGUUCAUUUUUUAUGGUAAAUGAUCCACUUUACAUUAAAGCUAUUAAGGUCUAUUUAUUUGCCCCUAGCAUUUAUGCACAAUAUUUACUUAAGGACAAUUCGUGUACUCCAUUUAGAAACCAUGAAGGAUCUCUUAAGAGGAGUAAAAGGUUAUUUUUUUUAUAGAAUAGUUCAGUGGUGGGCAAACUGUGGUCUGAGGGUCGCAUGCAGAGGGUUCUGUGCGGGCUGCGGAAGCCAGCAGCAUGUAAAAAGAAAAUUUCUAUAAAAUUUUGUGAGUGAACAUAUAUAAUUGACAGUUUAUGAAAGAUAAAUUUAUAUGAAUGAGUUUUUAUCUAUUUUUGGUUCCACUUACAUCAUUAAGUAGUUUUUCCUGCAUGAAGACAAAAAAAGUCUUAAGAACAGGUCCAUGUUGUCAGACAAACUUAAAUGCAGUGAUGAGAGUUUCCACCAGCAACCUUGUGCCAGACUUAAAACAUUUUGUAAAGCAGAAUUGUGACCAAAAACAUUUUUCCCAUUGAAUUGCUUGUGCUGGAUUCUGAACGUGUUUGUUUUUAAUAAGCAUGCUGUCUUUAUAUUGUUUUAUCUUAAAGAGCACCUCCCAAUUUGAAAAUUACAUAAACCAUUCAUGUGUAAAAAAACAAUUCCUAAUUUCCUCAUUUGAUAUAUUUGACUUCUUUUUCAUAGAUAUAAAAAUAUUCUAUGUUAGUUCAACAUUUUUCAUAAUAUUGAAAAGGGAAUUGGCAUAUAUAAGAUUUAUAAGUUAUUGUGCAUCACCACUGGUUUCCUGAGCAUUUGGUGAUCCAGGCGUGCCAACUGUACCUGACACUUCAAUCAGUUUCACUACCCAUCAGUCAAGGGAAAUGUAUUUAGUUUAAGUAAGGAAUUUAUGAAUUAUGAAAUAAUUUUAAUAAUUAUAUCCUAUUUACCAGCUUGAAAUAAAAUUUUUCUUUAAAUAGACGAUAAUCUUAUAACACCACACAUGCCAAACUCCACCAACUUGUGUUUUAUGUACGUAAAGUAAAAUUCAUUUAAAAGAAAACAGUUUAUACUGAUAAUUCUCUGAUAACAUGGUUGGUAGGCCUGUGCAUGUCUAAACAAAAUGAAAUAUUUCAUAAUGAUUCAGACAAAACAUUUUCUUGGAGAUUUAUUUUUGUCAAACUAGUUAAUAUAUGGAUUAUAAAAAAGGAAAUAAGAUCUGAACAAUAUAUUUGGUAAAGUGAUGCAGAAUAUAAUAGCAUGAUUGUACAGUAUACCUCUAAUUCAUAGUUGGGCCUUGAUAACGAAUCAAAAAAGAAAUAAGAUUUGAACAAUUAAGUAUUUUUUAAAGUGUUGCAGAAUAUUAUUUUGUGAUUUUACAGUAUACCUCUAAUUCACAGUUAGGACUCAAUAACGAUUCAAAAAGAAAGAAGAUCUGAACAAUAUAGUAUUUUUGUAAAUUAUAGCGUGAUUCAUAGUUAGGACACAAUAGUAAGUCAAAAUGGAUGCAUUAUUCUUACAACAAAAAUUCUGGCUGAAACAUUACAUAUAAAAACAAAGAUUAUAAUCUCUUUUUAAUGUCAUAUGUUGUAGUUAUCAUGAAUCCAGACAAAUUCUUCAGCAAUUAUGACCUUUGUUUGAGAAACAUCAUGUAGUAUGUAGUUAAUUAACUGAAAGGUUAUAGUGAAUUGUUAACCACAGGUAAAUGUUUACAGUAAUAAAGUUAAGAAGCCAUAAGUUAUUCUGUUUUGUGAAGAGAGCAGUAUUCAAGGUUAGUCUUGUCAACAAGAGGUGUGAAUGGGGUAUAUGAAAUUAUCAUUAGAUUGUGUGAAAACCAUUGUAAAUUUUUUUGAAUUACUUUAUUUCGCUAUGAACUUAAUUUUAUAAUGAGAAAAUUUAUUCUGAUGCUUUGUGCAUACAAUCCAAAAAUGCUGUACAUGUUAUUAUCCCAAGGUAAUUACAAAAGUAUUCAAAUUAAAAGAAUAAGAUAGUCUUGGACUUUCAUGGUUUGAUCUGGAAACAGUCAUUUGUUCACAUUGAAAAAUAUUUAAAUUGAAUUUUUUAUGACCAUUAACUUGAAAAUAUUUAAAUAAAAUUUUUUAUGAACAUUAACUUCAUUUCAUAUCAAUGUAUAUCACUAUUCUUGUGAGUAAAUAAAUAGUAGUACUAUAUGUAUGUGUUAGUAGCCAUCAAAUUGGUAGCCAUCAAAUUUAUAUCGUCACCUGUUGAUUCUUAACCCAGAUUUGUGACAAAUGUUAGAAUUGGCAAAGGAUGGUACUAUUUGAUCAGUGUUUAUUAGUGAGUAAGGCCAUGUUUAGUUUCCUUUCUGAUCAGCUAAGGUAUGCUGGGAGCAUAUUAUGUUCUUCGGAGUCUCUUAACUGUUUGGCAGUACCUACAGUACAGGUUUUGGGACGUUGUUAUCCUCACCUUGAGGAUACAGCCAAUUAUUUCAUUUUAUUACUAUGCAUUAUGAGAAAGUGCAAGCUACAGGGCAGCCAUAAUUCAUGGAGAUUCUAGAUAACAACAAUCAAGGUGGACAGGAACCAGUAAUGAAAUGUCACAUCAUUUAUAUGGGCAAUUGCAGCCACCUCAAACAUGUUCUCUGCAGGCUUGAAAAUAUCAAGUAUCUUUCAAAACUGUAAUAUUACACCACUCCCAAAUUGCCUUUCAAUUUAAGAAAUAACAGAUACUUCCGAUUUUUGGCAUCACUAAAAAAUACAUAGACACUUAAGCAUAUGUUAACUGUCAUACCAUCAUAAGAAAUGUGAUGUAAGGAAUGUCAUACCAGCUUCCUAGGACUGUUGGCUGUCUUUCCAUCUCAGAAACUUGAAAAACCUCCAAAAGAAAUUCACAUAUUGUUUGUCCUAGACAGUGUGACUGCAAUGUCAUAUAUAAAUAGGUUAGGCUCAUGCUGAGCUCCUCUCAAGUCAGUCAUUACUAACAUCCUUCCACAGUCCGGAAGUGGACUAGUUUGCCACAUGCGAAAACCAUCAAACUUCCAGUGUGUCUCUCAGAACCUGCACAUUCAGACAGUAGCAAGAGAUAUAUUCCUACAAGACUGGAACAAAUAGAGGAUGACAUACCUUUUUCCUUUUUUGUCCCAGAUUUCAAAAGCUUUGAACAAUAUACUAACUACCAACAGAACUGCUUGGUAAGCGGCUCUGAAUUAGUCAAUUGGUCAUUAUUUCCUUAUUUUUUCAACAACAGGCAAAAGAAUAAGUUCCAUUGUUGUCCAUUGUUCUAUCCCAGACAGAAGGAGGGGAAGUCAUCUAUGCAUCCUCCUUUCUGACCCUUGACCUGCACAUGGAAUUUUAAGUCUAGUCUACUGUGAAGAUUAUUUACCUAACUUCCCUAGGUACCUAGCGCGAAACUACAGACUUCAUCUAUCCAACAUACCGUUCGAUAUGGAAAUUGUGGUUAGAUUACUUUCACACUGAGAGCCCAGUUGAAAUCUGUUGAAACGGUUUACAUUUUAUUAUCUUUCAAGGUCAAGUGACUUGCAAUUUUAACAAUUGUGGCAUACAAGGCAACAUUGGCAGAACCUUUGCCUUAUGGGUUGGAUCUUAUUCCCAUAAUAUGGAAAUUGUUAAUUCCGUUUUCCAGUCUUUUACACUACAAAGGUUUCCCAUUACAUGGUCCCUGAACCCCCUCAAUUGUUGGCCCAGUACAAGUACAUAUACAACUCAUAUGCUGCAAAAGGCAGUCUUCUGGACUGCUUUGGCAUCAGAAGCUUUGAUUAGCAUAUUUGGCUGUCAUUUCACUAUGUACUCACACCUAGUAGUUGUUUGCUCUUGCCUCCUGGCCAAGAACUGGGAUUUUUUAAGGAAAAGUCCCCUUUUCUGGUAAAGGAACUCAGUAUUUUCAUAUAGAAUAUUAUGCUUGGCUCAAGCACUAAAGGUUUACCUAGAUGUCACGGCAAUCAUCCUAGAUGGUCCUAUUUUUCCACCUUAGCACCAACAAACCACUCUCUAUACAUGGCUAAGAAUUAUUUUAGUGGCCCUCAUUAAAAAGGCAGACCCUCACUCCAUUCUUAAGUCUCAUGGCAUCCAAAAGGUGAGCACCUUGUUAACUUUCUUCAGAAAUGUUUCCUCCGAAGAAGUCUUUGAGUGUAUGGAUUGGUUGUUAACAACAGUAUUCCUGAACUGGUGAAGGUGCAGUAAUCCUGCAGCCAGACCCAACAUAAUUAAGUCACAGUAGAACCACAUAGGACAAUACAUUUAUAGGUUUGUGUGUCUACUGUUCUUUAUUGCCAGACUCAAAUUGGUAUAUGGAAUAAAGAAAACGUGUUAACCUGUGAUAUUUACCUUGAAUAAAAAAUUGUUGAAACACUUGUGACUAUACCUCAAACUAAAAAUUAAUCUGGGUUGUUGGGAUUUAUUUAUUGGGGGCUAUGCCAUUUCAUCACCUGUAAAUUUCUUUUUUAAGCUCCUUUGAGGAUGAGCAGCGACUAUGCUAUCAAUAAAACAGGUUUUGACAUAGAAAAAACCUAUUUUUGGUAGCUGCUGUUUCCUCAAACCUACCCACUUUCCUUGACAUAAAGGCAAGGAAUUUGGCGUGAAUAUUUAUCUUAUAUAGACUUGCUGUUUAAUGAAGAUUGCUGGAACAGGCUGUUGUUACAUAUGCAAGUUAGAUGUAGAGCCUUGGUAGUCAUUGUAGGACAGGAGAAAGAGCCCUCCCAUCCUGAAUCCUUUAUAAUAUUCUAUCACUGUGCCAACAAGCACCUAUUCUGGCUGAGACCAGUAUAAGAGAAAUCUUUGUAAUUGGUUGUUUUGUCAUAUGGAGUCCUCGUGGGACCAUCAGAGUGUAACUCUUGAGGAUGAAUGACAGCUAUGCUGAUGAUGACUUAUUUUAAUUAGAUAUGUCCCUAGAAAGGUCAUCAAAUUUAGGACAAAUGACCAGCCAUGGUUGAAUGAUAAUGUAGAUAAGCCUACCAUGACAAACAGAUCAAAUUGAAUGCAUGAAGACAAAAUAGAACUUAUACAGCCAAAAGAGAUUACAAUACUAAUUCCUUGAAGAGGAAACUUGAAGGAAUUACUCAGCCUCAUCUGUGGUGGAUCAAAUUGGCAUCUUCUGUCUUUGGGUCAUGCUCGUCUUCCAUUCCACCACUGCUAACAGUGAUGGUAGAUUGGUUACUGGCCAUAGGGAAAAGGCUGAACUGCUUCAUCAAGCAUUUGAAGCUAAGCAAUCAGCGGAGGAUGUCCCUCUCCCUGAUACUUAUCAUCCUGAACCUCUUCUUAGAAAAUUUGCAUAUUGCUCUAGGAAUGUUAAGAAAAAUCUGGAUAAUCUUGAAAGCUGGGGUGUAGAAGACCCUGAAGCGAGUUAUCUCCCAAGUUUAGUUGCAAGGAAAAUAUAAUGAAGUUACUUUUCUUAAAUUUCAGAAGAGAUUAAUGGGUAAGUGGAAGAUUAUUUUGAAAAAAUUUAUACAUUCUUCAUUACAAUUAUACAGUACUUUCCUACAUGAAAAUAGGAGAGCUAUAGAUGAUUAUGUUUCUUGGUACUGUAUUACUUAUAGUUUUUAGAUAUUGCUCACGUUGGCAGAAACAAAAUUUUUAAGAGUCAAUGUUAAAUGUUAGUUUUUUCAACAAAUGAAAUGAUGUUGUAUGUUUGAUUCAGUGGAUGGAUAAAUUUCCAUAGAUUGAUGUACCUAAUUUUGUUACUAUUUUUUUUUGUGAUGUCACAAUACAAAAAUGUAAGAAGUGCCGUGACAAGAUUAUCAAAUUAGCAGUCUUUUUGGCUCUUGAUGUAUGUAUUCUAUUACUGUAAAAUUAUUUACAUUAGACCAUAUUGAGUUACUUAUUUAGCUUAUUUAUAAUAGUACUUGUUCCAAAGAUAUGUUUUAAAGGAGAGGUGAAAAUUCAAGUAUGAUUAAAGGGAAGGAAGUACUAGAGCCUAAGGAUUCUGCAGAGGAUCUUUACUGUCCUGCUCCAGACACAGAAGGAAGUGGCUUUGUGUGUAUAUUGAUGAUGGAAAGGCAAUGGAAAAUGUGUGAAUAUUGCCAUAUUCAACCAGUACUCUUCUGCAUUUGCAAGUGAUUUUGUUGUUAUGUUGAUUUUUUUUGGAUUAGAAGUGUAAGUUGUACCUUUUCCUUCUUUUGGAACUUGAGUGAGAUGCGAUAUGUACAUACACGUACAGUGUACAACAGAAGUAGUAUGCAUAUUGGUCAUCAGUAAUGAAGAAGUGUCAUUAGUGAUAUGUAAAAGUUUUAUAAAUAGCAUAUACUAAGUACAUGAUUAUCAUAAUUGGAUAGUAAACUUUAUUUACAAGUUAAUGAUAGUAUUUACAGUACGUAAUUACAAGAAUCUAGAAACUGUGCCAUUAAAAUGUUUCAUUUUCAUAGUUUGUGUAACACAGUUAUAAUAUGUGGAUAUCUGCAAUUGAGGCUUCUCUCUUUCCUAUGCUAUUAAUAAUUCAGAAGCAAUUUAUCUUAGCCUUUAUGAACAUGCAUGUGGAGUAAUUUCUUGCUUUUCAUAGGGACUGUGGUGUUUUUCAGUUUUUAUUUUUGCUCAUCUCGGGAAUAAUACUAAUGCAUUGCUCAAAUAAAGAAGUUUCUUUCUUUGUCAUGAAAAUUAAAGCCUUCAUCACAUUUCCGUUGGCAUUCAGAAUCUUUUUCCUCGUAAAUAGUUCUUGACAGGGAGAUCUUUAUAAUGUUCUUGUGUUAUGUUAGUUAUAUAAGGAGGUUCAUAGUUCAAGGUAAAAGUGAACCAAAUUGUUAUAUGUACUGUAUCUUUAUUCAUGUUCUGUGAUACCACAUUAAUAACAUAUAUUUGCUCUUUAUAAA